GAGAGAGAGAGAGAGAGUUUUAAGCAUACCCCAUUUUAGCUGAAGAACAACCCACAAACAUGGGCUCAAAGAGUGGUGAAAAUGCGUCUCAUCACCAAGUUGUCUCAGUUUCGUCGGAGUUCAAGCAAACUGAGAAAAAAGAUGAUCAGAUUGAAUCAGAAAGGCCAUUUUCAGAGGUUGAUAAUCAUCAGAAUCUGCCUCAAACCCCAUCUUCUAAAUCAAAGAAACCAACAAAUGACGCAACUUCAGUACUACAAGGGUGUACAUCAACUCCAGUACUGGACGUGAUCACUACAAAUGCACCACCCAGCUCCACCGAGGCAAUGGCGGAGGACAGUGGCCGUGAGAGGCUGAAGAGACACCGGAUGGAGGUGGCGGGGAGGGUUUGGAUCCCGGAGAUAUGGGGCCAAGAGGAGCUGUUGAAGGAUUGGAUUGAUUGCACUGCCUUUGAUGCUUCAUUGAUGAAUAACAGCAUAAUGUCAGCUCGUGCAGCUUUGGUUGAAGGUGGAAGAAAUUCUAGGAGAUUAAGGAUAGAGAACAGGUGCUAGCUGAGUUUUAAAACCUAAGAUUUGAAUUUCCUAUUUCUUUUUUUUGUUUGUUUUGAACAAAAUAAAGCAUGGGACUCCCGCAAUAUUGGUACCCGCUCUCUAAUCUGGAUGAUUGAUAAUGCACGUAAGUAUGAAGAUAUUGGGCUAUGCACCUCUUUUAUGUAGAUCAUUAUUAUGAUAGCACUUCUAUUCUAAUCAGUACAUUUCGAAAGAACAGACAAGUUCUUUGACUUUAAUUUUAGUUUGUUCAAGCUUGUUCAUAUUAAAAAAA